AUGAUCAGUGCACGGAGUUUAUACGGGAAAGCCGGUGACUCCUCCGGUGUGACAUGGAGGUCUCGACCGAAGAAUAAGCCGUCGUGGUGAAGCGAUGAAUGAUUCAUCAUUUAUAUCUAUUCUGCCCAGCCGCAAUCCGUGAUGGAAUUCCACGACGAACACUUUCUCUACUGUUUCGCAGUUAUCACGGCGUUUCAAAUCGGUUGAGGCGCGUGGAAGGGAGUGUGGCCUAUAUCGCGCAAAUCUACGCGAGUCUCGCGGCUCCGACUGUGGAUUUACAGGUAAUUAGAUAAAUAACGUUUUUUUGAUCGAAUCGAAAAUCCUUUCUACAUGAUUUAUUUAGCAACAGAAUAGUUCCUUCAUACGCUUGCACAUUUUUUUAACGCGUAAAAAAACCUUCGUUUCAUUUUUCUACGACCAUUGAGAAAAAUACAGAGAUUUUUAACGUUUUGCAAUUGCAAAAAAAUAGGAUCAGGGAAGCCUCCUAAAAAAAUCAAAACUUAUUUGAGCAUUGCAUAACGCUGAAUGAGUUUCCUUUUUGAAGUUUCGGUAGUGAUAGCUUUUACAAAAAGCGUAAAAUUAAAAGAUUUAAUGCUCUUUGUGAAUUGAUCAAUUUGAUUCUGCCGGCCCGUCGACCUCUCGGCUCCCGGCCACUUCCCAAGCCCGUCCCGGCCCGGCCCUAGGAGGUCUUAAGCAAAAAGGGCCGGCCCAAAAAGCUCAGAUUUACUUCAAGUCGUAUUUUUCGUUUUUAAAAAGAGAAGUGGUGUUUUCGCUUAUUUUUUCUCAUACAGUUACAUUGAAAACUAAUAUUCAAAAAGUAAAAAUAAUUUCUUGGUGAAAAAUUGUUUUUCAAUGAAAUCAAAUAUUUUUUCAAAGCCCGGCCUGACGAACAAGCCUGGUUACCGCCAAAGUAUAGCUGCUCAGCAGGCUUGUGCGAGGGCCGGCUUGUCACCCUCCCGGCCCCCCGACCAUUUUCGUAAGCCCGGCCCGGCCCGGCCUUAG